CGUAACAAAAGGAAAGUUUUCACCGAUUUGGGUUUUAUUUAUUUAUUUUAUUCAUCUGAUUUAUCUGUCUAGGAAUUAUAUCGUUGACUAGCUGAUAUACUUCCAUGAUCUGGAAGAGGACACAAAUUGAAAUUAUCAUUCAGGAAUGAAAAGAAAAAUAGAAAUGUGUUUAGCAAACAAAAUAACCAGUGUGCUGUGUGCUGGUGUCUUAUUUUGUUAACUGGGGAAAUGUUCAUUCAUAAUCUUGACCGAGGGUCGUGCACCGGAAUGAUUGGUACAGACAAGCAGAUUGUAUGCACCGCUACCUUCCUUCUGCAAUGACACUUAAACUAGGAGACUACAAAUGAAUCAUGCCACAUGAAAGGAUAUGCAUGUGAUGGAUGACUCUAAGUCAGAAUCAGAAAGAGAAGUUGUCUGGAGUAAAGGGGAGCUAUGCAAAGCUCCAUACAGUAAGGAUAACAAGUUGUACACAGCCAAGGUUACUUCUAUCAAGAGGAAUGGAAGAACAACACUGGCCUGUGUCCACUUCAUUGGCUAUGACUCGGUUGAAGAUGAGGACAUUCCAAUAUCUAAACUCCACAAAAUUCCAUCAAAGAAAAAAGUUCCUUUGAGUAAGUCAGGUAAAAGUGGGGUAGAGGACCAGGAUAUUGAGAGUAGUAGUACACUUGACUCUGGGUUCUUUAGUCCACUGAAAGGAAAUGAAGAAGAGCGAAGACUGAGAGAGAAGUUUGCUGCUCUGGAUGCCGAAGAGGAAGAGCAGAACACCCUGUCUACUCCUUCAAAGAGGAGACAGAAUUGGACAUCUCUCAGCAGUCCCUACACUUUAAAUGUAUCUUUAUCACAAAAACAGAGGAAAAAAGCACAGAAGACAAGGGUAGCCCCAUAUCUUGAAUCUACAGGAAACAAAGGUUCAGGUAGAAGAAGGAAAGGAGUUGUGGCUGCAGGAGGAGAACCUGUCAUGAAAAAUCGGAAGUCAUCAAAACCCUCAGAUUCAACAGAAAACCUCAUAAAGCUGCACGAUCCCCAUCAUACAACAGAAAAAAACUUUGAUCAGUUCAAUGAAGAUGACAGUGUUAUGGAUGAUAUGACAAAUGAUGGUUUUGAAAUGAAAGGUUUCUCUGAAGAAGAUUUGGAGAAGCCUCAUUUCACAUACCCUCCUCUUGGAGCCAAGGAAGAUUACUCUCUGUCUGAUUCUGGAGAUCCAGAUGCUGUCAAGAUUCCUGCCACUGUCAAUCAAUAUCUUCGCGAGUAUCAGAGAGAGGGGGUCCAGUUUCUUUAUACUCACUACAAGGAGAACAGGGGAGCCAUACUGGGGGAUGACAUGGGAUUGGGAAAGACUGUACAGGUCAUAGCAUUCCUCUCUGCUAUCCUAAACAAGACUGGCACCAAGGCUGAUAUACAGAAAAGAAGGCCUAGGUUCAUUAGACAGAUGUCUUCAGAACCUUCUCUGAGUCCAGAGGAGGAUGUCUCUCCAGCCUUCCUCAUCAUAGCUCCAGGAACUGUUCUCUAUAACUGGCUAGAUGAGCUAGAAACUUGGGGUUACUUUUCAGUAGGAAAGUUCCAUGGAUCUGAGAAAGAAAGAACAAUGGCUGAUCUAAAAAGGGGAAAGUUAGAGCUUGUUAUAACAACCUUUGAGACAUUUCGAGAUAACAUAGACACAGUAAAUGAUUUUCCUUGGACAGCAGUGUUCGUUGAUGAAGUUCAUAAAAUCAAGGGUUUGAAGGCACGAGUGACAUCUGCCCUGAGGAAAGUGAACACAAAAAGAAGGUUUGGAUUGACUGGAACUGCCUUACAGAACAACCUGCAGGAGUUCUGGUGUAUCUUAGACUGGGCAAACCCUGGCUGCCUAGGCGACCUGCAGACAUUUGAAAAAGAUUGCAUUCUGAAAAUUGAGCUAAGCCAGAGACAUGAUGCUACCAAGAGAGAGCUGGCUGAAGGAAGAAAAUGUAAACAGAAAGUGGCUGCCAUUAAGAAUAAGUACAUGCUCAGAAGAACCAAAAAUCUCUUGUUGGAUCAGCUUCCUUCCAAAGAGGACCUUGUAGUCUACUGCAAGCUGACUGAUAUGCAGACAGAUAUUUACAAGGCAAUCUUAAACCAGCCAGAUGUUGUUUACAUUCUCACACAAGGUGACCCGUGUGAAUGCAGCAGUGGAAGAACCCGGGGACAUUGCUGCUAUGAAAAAAUUGGUGACCAGGAUAUUCGAUCCCUGACUUUGACCUACAUGCAUCUCCUGCUGAAGGUUGCCAAUCAUGUCGCACUACUUGUCCCAGAUGGCAGCACCAGCAGCCGGCAGGUGUCAUACGCUGAAACAAUAUGCAACAUCGUAUUUGAGAACUACCCCCAGUUUCUCCAGCAGGACAAGUGGGCCAGAUUUGACACCCUGUCCAACCCAAAGUACUGCGGCAAGAUGAAGGUGCUCGUUGGGAUUUUAUCUGUAUGUGCCAAGAAUAAAUCCAAGGUCCUCCUGUUUUCCUACUCGACCAGACUCUUGACCAUCGUUGAGCAUUUUGUGAUGAGUAAAGGGUACGACUACAGAAGGAUUGAUGGCAUGGUAGCUAACAAACAGAGGUUUGAGUUCACACAGCAAUUCAACAAGGACCCCAAUAUAUUCCUCUGCCUGAUUUCAACAAAGGCAGGUGGACUAGGUCUAAACCUGACAGGUGCUAAUGUAGUGGUGAUAUAUGACCCAAACUGGAAUCCAACCUAUGACCUUCAGGCACAGGACAGGGCCUAUAGGAUAGGUCAGAGGAGAGAUGUGAAGGUUUACAGGUUAAUAUCACAGGGAACCAUUGAGGAGAAUAUCUAUCUUAGACAAAUAUACAAACAGCAAUUAGACUCUGUGACGAUAUCAGAGGAGAAUGCCAGGAGGUAUUUCACGGCAGUCCAGGGAGACGGGACAAGGAAGGGGGAACUGUUUGGAGUUGGCAAUAUGUUCCAGCUGAGAACAGGAGACGGAUGUCUAACAGCUGACAUAUUACAGAGGAACUCCAGAUUAGAGAAAGGACUUGCAGGAUUUCAGUGUUACAAAUAUUUGGCUGGUCAGGGAAGUUGUAAAUCAGAGGAAGUUAAAAUGGCAGACACUACUCCAUCUUGCCUAGAUGACUCAGUUGAAGAAGAGGCAUCUGCUGACACCAUUGAUUUACAAGAAAUUGUUGGAGAAAUGUCUGAUCUUGAACCAGACAGUGAUGUACCAGAUUCAAAUGGUUUGGACUUUGUUUGCAGUCAAGUGGUAGACAGCAAUUGUGAGAGAACUCCAUGUGGCAGUAGAAUUCUGAGUGGUGACCAUGAGAGUGGAGAUGGUGCUUUUGACACCCAGCCGUCCACAUCUGUAGUAAAACCUGUGAAAAGGACUCCUGGGACUAAAAUUUCCUCUUCCAAAUCAAGGGACUCCAAAAAAUGCAUAGAUAUCACCAACUCUUCAGACUCUGAAGGUGAAGGUCAAAAGGCCAAAGCUGUUAAAAAGAAAGUGAAGAGAGCUGUUGUAAAGAACAAAAGAAAUGGAUUUAGUGAUGCAGAAUCCAGCUUGAAUUCAAUAUCAGAUGUGUUAGAACACUGUGGAGUGGUUCACACGCACCAGAACAAGAAGGUGGUUGGGACCAGCAAGGCAGAGGAUCACAUGUCCAGGUGUGCCAUGAAAGAUGUAUUUGAAUUACACCAGAAUUCACAGGAGCCAGCCAUCAACUGUGAACCUCUGCAGAACUCUGAGGAGGAGAAGGCCCAUGUUGAUGUGCCAAAGAAAAGGCGAAAAGAUAAAAAGCAGGAUGGCCCCAGAAAAGAAGUUAUUGGCAAUCUGCAGGUGUUGAUCGGACAGACACCAAAAUCUAUGAAACUACAACACUUCACCAAUAUGUGCAAGUUUUUUCAUGGAAGUUCUGCUGUGGCUUUUGCAAAAACUGUGCUCUCCAGCAGCCACACUGAAAGACAAACCAUGUUGAAAGAUUUCUACACCUCUAAGCACCCAGAGCUCAUGUCAUCCUCCUUGUUUAAAGUUACUGCCACAAAAGAUAGUACAGAAUCUGUAGGAGAAUCAGCUACAGUAAGAACAACCAUCCCAAAGAAAGAGAGGAAAGGGAAGAAACAAACCAUUAAACCAAGGUACCCCCAGUCGAGAGGAAAAUCAAAAGUUAAGAAGGGGUGUACAUAUGAUGAAAGUGAAAAUAUUGGCAUAGGAGACAACACAACCUGUGCAGCAGCAGAGGACCAGACAAAAAGGAAAACAUUCACUGAAGCAUUUGAGGAAUUUAUGGGUCAUGAAGAUAUGGUAGAAGCAGAGCCCAGCAAAGUUUCACCAAAGACAAACAAAGUCCAAUCCCCAGAAAACGUUCAGACCACUUCUAAUGCUUCUGGGCAUUUUAAGAAAGGGUGUCCUUCAGAGAAACUGCAACGUCCCCUUCCAUCCAUGUCUGUUCUAGACGACUUCUUCAAAGAUGAUGAAGAAGAUGACUGUUCUCCCAAAAAACCUCCACCUAAAUCCAAAGCGAAACCUCCACCACAAAGAAAACAUUACAGCGUAAAGAGGCAAAAUAUAGAAGAUAACAUAGAGUUUGAUUUCUUGAAUGCUAAAACAAAAGUGAUUUCAGAAGAAAAUGCUGGUGAGAGGAAAAAACAAAUGACAUUGACUACACUAGAAUCUCAGGUAGAUCUUAUCACCCAAGACCAGUCUUUUGACAUAUUUGAAUUGGACAAGAAUUUAAAGAGGAAGUAGUUUUUUUAUGUUAUUUCAGUUCACAGAAUUCUAAAAUUGUACUUUUCCUCCCAUUAUGAGCAUUUUAUAUUUCAAAUAAUUUUACACUGAAUUAUUCACUUUUAUAUAUUUGUUGUAUGUUGUACAUGUCAUGGAUUUUUUAAAAACUUUUAUAAUAUUUUAAUUUUAGUGAACCAUAUGGUUAAGCCAGCUUUUCCCCCAGUUGAAACUAUUUUGUUUAAAGCUUGUUUGAAGUACUCUUUUUCAACCAUACAGUUAUUAAAGUGAAGUAAUUGUGAUUUAGUUCUGAAUACUACCAUUUAGUGAACAUUUUAAUAGCAUUCUAUCUCAUUUAUAAAUCUCAUCUGUUCUUCAGUGUCAAUGUCACUUAUACAUGCAAUAUUCCAAUUAAUGUAACAGUUUACUGAUCUAAUCAAGAAUGGCAUAUGUAAAUGCUUACAAUCUUGAAUAUAUGCAUGUAUUUUUAAA